AUGUCCACGCUCUCCCUGUUCGUGCUAUCUCUCACCCUCACCACCGCCUACUUCGCCUUCUACCACCGCGCCCUCGCCGCGCGCACCCAUCCCGUCCUGCACACUGGCAUCCUCGCCUCUUCCCUCUCUGCCUCUCUCACCUCCAUCCCAGCCCCCGUCUUCACCGGCAAAUACUUCUCCAUCCACUGCCACGCCUCUCGCGCCGUCUCCCGCCAGCUCCUUCCCUCCCAUAACAUCCCGCUCCUCUUCACCAUCCUCCUCCGCCGCAACCUCACUGUCUUCUCCCACUUCCCCAAAGCCUGGAAGCUGCGCUCCACCUGCGCGCCGGACGUCCGCUUCACCUUCCGCACCUCGUACCUCUGGUCCCUGAACUUCACCGAAGGCGACCUCAUCUGCGGCAUCUACCGGGUCGCCGUCCGGAGUCCGGAUCGGGUGGAGUUCGCGGUGGGUGGCGCGGGCGGCUGCGAGGGCCGCUGGGUGCUGCGGUAUUGGGAGGAGGGUGAGGAUGUGGUCUUUGCGACGGAGUCGGUGACGUGGAGGCCUGUUGAGCAGGCGGAUCCGAUGCCGCUGGAGAGCCGGAUGGUGCGGUUCUUUCAUGAGACCAUGUCAUGGUGGUUGUUGGAUUCCGGGGUGCGGUAUCUGAUGGAUCUGGAGGGGGAGUUUGGGCCGGAGGAGGAGGAGAUGGAGGAUAAAGAGCUGGUUCGGUAG